AGGAACUCACAAAGGACGGGAUAAAAGAGGGUCUUCCUGGCUGUUUCCCUUUUCUUCGCCUGCUUUCCCCUCUUCCGAGUCCCUCUGUAGCAGAGAAAGCGGGAGAGAGAGGGAAGAGAAGAGAUGGCGUCCUCUGGGCCUCGCGAGGAGUACGUCUACAUGGCGAAGCUUGCAGAGCAGGCGGAGCGCUACGAGGAGAUGGUGGAGUUCAUGGAGAAGGUGACGGCGAGCGUGGAGGGGGAGGAGCUCACUGUGGAGGAGCGUAACCUCCUCUCCGUCGCCUACAAGAAUGUCAUCGGGGCGCGAAGGGCCUCGUGGCGCAUCAUCUCCUCCAUCGAGCAGAAGGAGGAGAGCCGCGGCAACGAGGACCACGUCACGGCCAUCCGCGGUUACCGCGCCAAGAUCGAGUCGGAGCUCUCCUCCAUCUGUGAUGGAAUCCUCCGCCUCCUCGACACCCGCCUCGUUCCCACCGCCGCCUCCGCUGACUCCAAGGUCUUCUACCUCAAGAUGAAGGGCGACUACCACCGGUACCUUGCCGAGUUCAAGACCGGCGCCGAGCGCAAGGAGGCCGCUGAGAACACCCUCAACGCUUACAAAACUGCCCAGGAGAUCGCGAACGCGGAUCUGGCUCCAACGCAUCCGAUCCGCCUCGGCCUCGCCCUCAACUUUUCCGUCUUCUACUACGAGAUCCUGAACUCACCGGACCGGGCUUGCACCUUGGCGAAACAGGCAUUCGAUGAGGCGAUCGCGGAGUUGGAUACUUUGGGCGAAGAAUCCUACAAGGACAGCACCCUCAUUAUGCAGCUCCUCCGGGAUAACCUCACCCUCUGGACGUCCGAUAUGCAGGAUGACGGCGUCGACGAGAUCAAGGAAGCAAGCAAGCGCGAUGAAGAAUAGUAAUCUUCCGAGUUUCUUUGCUUCAUUUCCCCCCCCUUUUUUGGGCUUUCCUUCUUUGUCCGUCCCCCGAUCGAGGAGGUUGUGACUGUGAGUGCGUCGAGUUUUUUCAUUUGUUCCCCCCCUUUUUUUUUCCUCCUAGGGUUUGUUGUUUUCGUCUGAUCUGUCUGUGUAGAGAUAGUAUGAAUUUGAGGGUUUCCAGGUGGGAAUCUGAAAAAGGACGAUGAGGAACAGCGGCCGUGAUUUCUGCGAGUGGGACGGCCGAGAUCCGAUUUCAAUGGAUGUGAUUUCUCUCCUUUCUCCGCCUUUCCUUUUGUUCUCUCUUUGCUAGCACCGUCCAUCUCCCUUCGCUUUUUCUUCACUUUUUCCUUUUAAUAUAUAAUAAUUGUGUGAAA